AUGGGAGCAGUUGAAUUAAAAUUUCAAGGAACUUUUAAUAAGUCUGAUUAUUUACAAGAAUUUUCCUGCGGCAUUUGUCAGCAAUAUAUUACGGAGCAGGAUAUUUGUCAGAGCAAUUAUCGCCUUUAUGUGAGUGAUUAUGCUAACGAAGUUACCGUAGAACAUUUGGAAUGUCCGGAAGGGGAGGGAAAAAAAGAAAUUGUGGCAAGACUUCAAUUGAACUUUAAAAGAUUGCCAGGGAGCAAUAAAAGAGGGGCUUGGAGAUAUAGUGGCAAUUAUGAAAUUAGCCCAGCCUAUGAAAAAGCCCGCAUUGAAAAUGGAUAUAUAGAUACUGCCGAGCAAUUGGAAAGGCAGAGCAAGGAAUAUUUAAAAGAUAUUGAAAGAGCCAAACGACAUGAGGAAUUAGGAAAAGAAUAUUGUAAGUGUUCUUAUUGUGAGUUAGAGAAGCAAUUAAGGAACGAGGUAGCAGCAGAAAGAAAGAAAAUUAUUGAUGAUUAUGAGAAGGAGCAGAAAAAAAGUGGAGAAAACGAAGCAAAAAAAGUAAGAGCCGAUUGUGGCAAUUGCUACGAAAAUAAAAAAGUUGACCCAGAAACGGGGCUAUGUGAAAAGUCGGACUUGGCUAAUAGUUCGGCCAUCUGUUCCUUUUUCACUGAUUUACUAACUACUUAUACGGAAAAAUUUGCUGAAAAUAAAAACAUUGGUAAUGGUCGUGGGGAGAUGGGUCGCUGUUCGUCUUAUUCUUAUCCUAAUAGAAAAAUUGAAAUUAGCCUUAAUCAGAUAUAUUUAUUAAAUAAGUUCGGACAUGACCGCUAUUUUACCAGCAAUCCCGAAAUAAGUGGAAAUUAUUCUUAUUUAGAUAUCAGUUUUGACGAAAUGCUUGCUACCUGUUGCCAUGAAAUAGCCCAUUAUUUUCAAUUUGUUAAGCAUAAUAAAAGCAGUUGUGAGAGUGAUUUAAAGUUGAAUAAUGGCGAAUAUCACGGAGAAUUAGCGAGAGAGCAUGAGGAAUGGACGGGGGAGAUUUAUUGGUUAAUUAAAUCUGAAUAUUCAGAGUGGGAGAGGAGAUGGGGAGGGAUUGGUUAA